AAGCAAAUAUUUUAUUUUAUAAAACGGUCGUAAUUUCGGUAGGGUAAAAAGGUGUUCAGAUCCAAACGAGGGACGGUGGCGGCGGCGCGUCGAGCUCCGGCGGCCGAGGGGGUUUCCGAACAGAUCAGGGUCUCAGGGAGGGCCAUGUCGUCUCUGCUGCUGCGCUCGUCGGCCGUCCGUCGCGCUCUUUCCGCGGCCUCCCGGGAACAUGGGCCUUCCUUUCGCCGUGCCAUCUCAGCGGCAGCCACCGCGUCCGGAGGAGGGUUGGAAGCUGCCGUCGCCCGCGGUCCAACCCUACCGUACCGGUGCCGCAACCUCACAGUACACAGCAGAGAAAAGGAUGACAAGACUGAUCUGGAGCGGAAGCAUCUUCAAGAACUGGAGCAGAUGUUUCAACAAAUUUUCAUUGGACAUGUGAAGCUGCACAGAUUUAUCCACAGCUCUGACCGUGACUAUUUUGACAGGUUUUUGAGCAAACUUGGGUGGCCAAGAUGCAAACGUCGUGAUGUGUUCGUUUUCAGAUGUAAGCUUGCAACUAUUUUUGUUGCAUCUGUCAUGAGCGGUUACAUGUUGCCUGAAUGAGUAUAUCCAUCGUGAAAUGCUGUAAAGAAACACACUAUGUAGCCAACUUAGUUGGUUUGCAGUGGGGCAGGUUACGGGCGAUGUACACCUCUGGCUAUCUAUCUAAGACAUGUAAUGCACUUUUCAGAUUAAGCACUUGCAUAUUGAUGCCCCUUUCUAUUAGUUAAAUCUGUGCUUCCUCAUUUAGAGGCUAGCUAGAGGCCCUCUCUAUACACCGGAGCCCUUUCUUUCAUUUCAUCAAGGGGUAUUGUGAACUUGUAUAGCUCGCAUUCUUUGGCUCUACCUAUCCAUUAUAGAGUAAAUAGCUCUUUUCACAA